AUGAGCUCGGGAUACCAGGUCGCUGCGACCCAUGCUGAGGCAUCGCCAUCGGAACCAACAUCGGAAUCUGUCGCCAUUGCCCAAACCGCACAGAUUGAGGCCGAUGAAACGGAGCCGGUCAGCCUAGACGACCACCUCGCCAAGCAAACAGCAGCAUCGGAAACGUCACAUCAAGCGGAAGAGCCGACGACAUCACCUUCUUCCACGCUGCAAGCCACUACCUCCGAGUCGACAAAAGCAGAUGCUCAAACACCUGCCGUCGGAGACGGCGUGGGAAGUGCUGAGCAGCCGGCAGUCAGCGACGAGGUCCCAUUGAGCCCUGCUUCGCCUUCGCGGCUACCGCCAUCCAUGUCGAUCCCCGAGAUCAAAGCCGCUCUCGCUUCGGAGCGCGACCAAGCCAAAGCGGCUGCUGCUGCUGCAUCGGGCGGAACAUCGUCGACUGCAGAGUCGUCAGCAGCAACCGAUGACAAUGUCAUCCUCGGCAUCGCCGUCGUUGACUUCAACCACCUCGUCGGGCCGCAGAUCGAAUACACGUACCCCAAGCAGCUGCAAGAAGACGAGGACCUCGUCCGAUCGCUACCUUUCUUGGCUCUCCCCGAUGGCAGCCAUCUAUCUGACGAGGACUUCUGCUACUUCCACCUGCACUGCCCCAAGCUCUCCGACUCGACCAUCUUUGGCAUCUCCUGCAAUCGGCAGAUCGCCGCCAAUGCCCUGUUGCGCAAAGGAGCCGAAGUGACCCGAAGCACGGUUCAGAAGGCCAUCGUCGUGCUCGCCAAGGAACCCAUCUUUGGGCCGAUUCGCGAGAAGCUCGGGAUCGUCACCCGCGCCUUCUUCGCUCAAGGCGACCUGGCAGACGUCGACAUCCUCAUCGACUUCCACUCGACCUUGGAGAUCGGCCUGCAGAGCGGCGGGAUGUCGGAAGAUCGCGAGACGGUCAUGUACAUGGGCACGUCGCUCCGAGAGCUCGUGCACAAAUGGCGCUUCAAAACGCUCAUGCUCGUCAAGCUGCUCCUGCUCCAACGCCGCAUCAUGUUCUUUGGCUAUCCGGUAGAGCAGCUCUGCAACUACCAAUAUUCGCUCGUCUCUCUCAUACCCGGUCUGCUGCUCAGUUUGCAGGAUGCGGGCGAUCCCAAGUUGCAAACGCGCUCCAGCCGCGUCGAGGUGGCAGACAGCCUGCGCUCGUCGGACCGCAAGAGCCUGCUCAAGUUCCUCGGCAUGCCGCUCGACAUCUUUGGCGAGGAUGCCUUCUUCCAACCGUACUGUCCGCUGCAGCAGAUCGAUCUGCUCAAGUCUCGCACCUGGCUGGUCGGCACCAGCAACAGCAUCUUCAAGCAGCAGCGAGACUGCAAGAUCGACGUCAUUGUCGACCUCGAAAACGCCCACCUCGACUUCCAGGACCCCAAACUGCACCAGGCGGUCAAUCUGACGCCCGAAGACCGCAAGUGGAUGGACGAAGUCAUCUCGUCCGUCGUCGACACGUGGAAUCCCGCAGACCCCACACGGCCAACGUCGAUGGGCUUCCACGGCAGCGAUGACUACCUGCGCAUCCGCUUUGAGGAUUACAUUUGUGCGAUGCUCUCCUCGACCAAGUACGCCGACUUUCUCGCCAAGAGCGACGCGGAGCAGGUGGCCAUCCAGGCCCCGGACGCUUCGACGACUAGCAGCUUUGGCGCCGAAUUUCUCGCUGCUCUCCGGGGCACCGAGGCGUUUGCGCUGUGGAACUCGGUGACCGAUCCGAUGCUAUUUGACAUUGUCGACCACAAGCAUCCGUGCGAGGGCAAGACGUCGGCAAUCGAGGAUGUAGGUCUAAGGCUCUCGGCGGGACUUCACGACCUGCGGCUCGAGGAGAAUCUGGCGCCCACGCGAGAGGCCAUCGGCAGCGCACUGCAAGCUGGCAGCGCCAACAUCUACCGCCUGGCUACCAACUUCCGUCAAGACAUCGCCAAGUUCCGUGCGAACCACGCUGCUGCCAGUCAGAACAGCGCUGGCGAAGGCGCUGGCACUGGUCCGGGCGGGCUUGGCGCCAUCACGUCGGGCUUUGGGUUCUUUGGUUCGGGAGACAAAGCUGCGUCCAGUGGUCAGGUGGCUUCGACGAGCACGGGAGCUGCGCGAGCGUCAGGGUCCAUCACAGGCGAGGCGAUUGAUGCGGACGGUCAACACACCACUCGAUCCGGUAGAAUUGCGCCUGCUGAAGGACAGGGUGCCGGCCCUGGAUUCAACGCCAACGAGGCACUCAACGCAGCAGGACAGGCAGCAGCACAAGCGGGCACGCAGAUGCGCGCGGCGCUGGGCAACUUUGGCUCGUUCCUGUCGGCGCGUCAAAAGUCUUGGGCUGCAAGUCGUGCCAACAGCAGUACAAAUCCGUCGGCGAACAACUCUCAACCCCAGCCAUAG